UUCCCGUUGGGCCGCGGCUGAUUCCGGAGAAAACAGCAACGGACUUUCGGCCAGAAGUGGCGUUCGUUCCAUGGACUGAAGUGCUGACCGCUUCCUAAAUAUAUUUUUAUAUGAAUUUUAUAUAGACUAUUUUAAAAAGGUGAUUUAAUUCUGUUGGACAAAGGUGAAGACGGACUUCCCGUUCUGCAGUGUUUCUCUUGAUCAUUUUCACCUGGACAAAAGCACGAUGCGAGAGUUUCACCUGAACGAGACGUGCAAAAAUGGGUCUGUACUGACACUGUGGUGUGGAUCCCAGACAGCUGUGUGUUUGGUCACCACAGAUCAAACUCUGAUCCUCGCACACCUGAACAACAGUCGACAAACAGGUAUGCAAACUUACAGUUCAUACAACAUGUGGCUGGGAUUAACUCUUGCGCUGCUUUCGUCCUUCCUGAUUGGUGGAAGUGUCAUCCUCAAGAAGAAAGCUCUCAUCCGAUUGGCCAGCAAUGGACACACCAGAGCAGGUGAUGGAGGAUAUGGCUACCUUAAAGACUGGCUGUGGUGGGGAGGCCUGUUGACCAUGGGAGCCGGAGAGGUGUGUAAUUUUGCUGCCUACAUGUUCGCGCCAGCCACACUGGUGACUCCCCUGGGAGCGCUCAGUGUCCUCAUCAGUGCGGUUCUCUCCUCCCACCUGUUGGGGGAGCAGUUGAAUGUGGUGGGGAAGCUGGGCUGUCUGCUGUGUGUACUCGGGAGCAUUCUGUUGGUCAUUCAUGCCCCACAAGAACAAGAAGUCACAUCAAUACAGGAUAUGACCAAUAAGCUGCUGGAGCCAGGUUUCCUGGUCUAUGUUGUGGCGGUGUUGGUUCUGUGUGCGGUUCUGGUGUUGUAUUUCUGUCCGCGGUCCGGUCGUUCCAACAUCCUGAUCUACAUCGGCAUCUGCUCGUUGCUGGGAGCCUUCACUGUAUCAUCUGUGAAGGGCCUCGCCAUAGCCAUCAACACCGUGGUUUAUGACAUCUCUGUGCUCAGCCAGCCUCUUACGUGGAUCCUGCUCCUCACCCUCAUUGUUUCAAUAGUAACACAGGUGAACUACCUUAACAAGUCUCUGGACACCUUCAACACCCUACUGGUGUAUCCUAUCUACUACGUCCUCUUCACCUCUGUGGUCCUUUCCACCUCCAUCAUCCUCUUCCAGGAGUGGAGCAGCAUGUCUGCCGUGGAUGUGGUCACAACGCUGGGCUCGUUCCUGGUCAUUGUGGUGGGCGUGGCCUUGCUGCACCUGUUCAGGGAGCUGCAGAUUACAAUGAAGCAGCUGACCAAUCAGCUUUCUCAGCCAGUGGAGAGGGAGGGACUUACAGAAGAGGUCACAACCAAUGGAAGAGGAGGAAGGAAUAAAAAGGAGGAUAAAUAUGGACUGAUGGACAAUGUAGUGAUAGAAAGUCUGCCUCCUAUGAGAGAGGAGGGACCCAGAGUCUUUAUAAUCAGCUGAAAAAGAGAAUUCCAGAAGUUUCUGUAUUGUUGCUGAUAUUUCCUGCACUUUUUCAAACUUUAGCCGCCAUCUCAGUUUAUGCUUUAGGUCCCUCCAAUCUCGCAUGGCGGUAUUCAACGGUACAGCACUAGUCGACCUUUCUAAUUUAUAAAUAUUUAAGAAAUCUUGCCUGUAAGUACCAAUUUAGUAGAAGGUUCAAAUAAUUUAUUGGAAAUAAGUACUUUAGAGCCCACACAAAAUAUGCCAUCCAAGGAAUAAUAAAUAAGACAAGUCGACAGAAAACAAGAAAAUCCAAAACAUGUAUCAAAGUUUACCAUCAAACUGGUUAGUUAAAUAAUGUCAAACUGCUCCUCAGAGCCGUCAUUAACUUUGAACAUUUUAAAGAUUUUAUUCUUUUUGAUCAUACGAGUCGACGACAUUAAAUUAUCAGAUGAGUUGGUGUCCUCCGUUAGACUGAUGGACUCCAAACUGGCUCUGCCUCUUUCACAGGAGUUUUUCCAUGAUGUCAUAAAUCAUCAGCUGGACUGGCUGAGUCCCAAGAAGAUGUUAAUUUAAAAGACCAUCAUGGCACCAAAGAAGGUUCUUUUUGCAGUUGACCUUUUCCCCCUAAUAUCUUUUUCAAAGUUUUUGUGCUACUAGUGGCCUUUAUUAAACAGUAGAAAAGGCAGAGACUAAAUAAAUUAAAAAGUCAAAUGUAAUUUUAAAUAUUCUUUUAAAUUGGUGAUUAUCUACAUUUGCUGUGACAACUUGUCAUAGGAGGAGGUUCACAUUUUCAUUUUAUCUGUUUUAAACAGACAUAGUGUCCUAAUUUAUUCAUCGUAAGAAAGAUGGUAUUAGUUUAACAGGAAGCCUUUUUAAUCACUUAAUCACCAUUUUUCAAGGCUAUCUUUUAUUUGGGUGUUGUGUUAUGCUCUGUGUGGCCUGAUUAUUGGAAACAAGGAAAACAAAAUAAGAUUUUGCAUGAAGAAGUGCAGCACACUGUGCUGCUUUCAAAAUGAACAGCCAAACUUUACCUUUACUGGACUGGUUAGAAGACUCUUCUCUUUCGUAUGAUUACCUACCAUUCCAAAUAUUAGCUCUACUACUACCUUGCUUAGCAACUCUGAGGUCUAUGAAGUGUGGGUCUGCUUUCCCUGCUGUUUCUUUGAAAACCCUUAAAAAAAACUGAGAUGGAAGACAUCUCAGCUUCUGCUUGAAGUGUUUGGUGACUGAAACUAGUUUCUUUCAGCUAAAGUUGUAAACAUUCAUUUAGUGUCUUAUUAUUUUAUGUGUUAAAAUUACAAUUGAGGUACUAAUUAAAAGAUAUCCCACAAAUGGCUCUUAACCACACCGAAUGUCAGACAACUGGAACACUGACUUAGAAGAAAAUGUCGCUUGACCUCUACUGCAUCUCAGUAGAGGGACAUAGACACUAGGCCUUGAAGAAUUAAAUUGAUUCAUCUUAUCAAUUUUUUUCUAAUUUUUUUCUAGUCAGCAAAAAAAAAAUUCCAUUCUGCAGAUUUUUCAUUUAACUAUUUUGUGCUUUUGUACAAUACUAAAUACAUUAAAAUAUGCAAAUGAACAACUCAGUUACGCAGUGGCGGAACAAGUUGGCGUCAGGCCGGGGGGCGGGGCUAAUGACCGGGCCCUUUAUACCCAAAAUAACAAAGCUCAUGAAAACAUAAUUUUAUAAAGUACUAAUAAAAGCCACUCAUAUUUGUCGUAAAAAUACUCCAAUCUACCUAGUUUAUAAUCCGUUCCCAAGUAUCUGACUGAUGUGGAUGGUUGGUGAUGUGUUUUACCCAGAAUACACUUGGAGACAAUAUUGGCGAUCAACUUGUAAAUUUGUGUGUCAUAAAGUUAAAUGUAAGAAUGAAAAUAAAGCCAGUCAUGUC